GACUCGUCAGCCCUGGCCCUAGUAAUAACAUUUGGCGAUGUUGGCUUCGAAACCGAGGAAACUUUCAGCGGUAACCCUCGAGUCGCGUGGCGGGAUAGUUCCGCUGUUCGCUUCGCCGCUAUUCGGUGAAAUGUCCCCGUAAUGUUCGUGCGUACGGUAAAUUGUGAGUGUGUCUGUCGCCACACGUGAUUUCGUUGAGGUUAUCGUUUGGUGGAAGUGAUAAGUAUUUAUGAGUUGAGAUUUGUGUACAAAAUAGAAAGAAGAUGAAUGCCAUGUCGGAAAACGAUGAACUUGCCAAGUUAGUUGACGGAGCAUAUAAAAACAUCUUGGAAAAGUUCAAUCCAUGUGCGCGACAACUGAUAUCAGCUGGAAAAGCAUAUUUGAAAGCUUUGCACGGAGCUGUUGCUGCAUCAAAGGCUUACAUCGAUGCUUUGGGAAAACUCGCGCGCCAUGCUCAUCAAGGAACGUGGGGUGGAUGCACGGAUAUCGGAACAGCUUUGCUGCAGCUUGUUGAUGUGCAUAAGGAAAUCCAAUCUCAACAGUUAAACAUUCUAAAAGCAUUUUACGUGGAUCUUCUUGUGCCAUUAGAGACGAAUAUUGAUAAAGAUACAAAAGUCGUAGCUUGUGAACAGAAAAGAUUCAUCCAACAACAUAAGUGCCUUCAAGAAUCGUAUUUGAAAGCCGUCGCCGUGGUCAAAAAACAGAAGAAGAAAAAUAAAGGGAAGGGAUCAAAUAUAGAUAACGAAAUCAGAAAUUUGCAACAAUUAGAAGAAGAGAAAAUGAAGUUAGACUGUUUUUGCGAGCGUAGUUUAAAGCAAGCUAUUACGCAAGAAAGAAGGCGUUACGGUUUCGUCCUGGAGAGACAAUGCUCUCUUACGAAGCAUAAUCUUGUUUAUCACUCUCAGGGGCAAAAUUUGCUGCAGCAUAACCUGGAGGAGUGGGAAGAGGUAGCUCGGAGUAGAGAGUGCCUGCCAGAUCCUAUCGACAAGUUGUUUCCAACAAACCACUACAAGAGUUGCAGUGAGUACGCGAGUGCCAAUAUCCUAGACAGUCAUCCCAUGGCCAACUCCCUUUAUGUGCCAUCUCCACACUUAGCCACCACGCUGAGGAAAACGAGGAGCAUCGACGCUAGCUGCGUCGAUCUGAGAGAAGCCCCCAACGACACCUUCCCUAGACCCCUCAUAAGAGCAAAGUCGGACUUCAACAUUGCCUCUUCCAACGCUAGUCUCAUAUCCAAUGAUUAUGGUAUAACUCUACGUCCAAAAAGCCUGGCUGAGCCGGACUCGAAAACCGGACAUUCACGUGUUCGAGCGCUGUAUUCGUAUUUGUCGAGCGGAGAGCAUCAGCUGAGCUUUCAUGAGGGGGACAUAAUUGUUCUGAUUGGUGACAGAAACAAGGGCUGGCAGUAUGGUGAAAAUACUCGCAAUCAUCGGAGAGGUUGGUUCCCUAUUGCAUAUACGGCUGUUCUUGAUGAUGGUCCUAAUGUUCAUCCAAUGGAGAACAACACUCUGGAUUUGAAGCGUCGGAGUGUGGACCUGUCGAAUCCUUACUCCACUUGCUUCGGUGUUAGUCGUAGUCGCACCACGCCCAACAUCCAGCCAUUCCACAACGGACUGGACCAACCUGUUGCGCUCGAUUCCGAUUUCCUGCUGCCUCCUCCACCUCCUAAUGCUCAAAGACCCCUCUCCACUUUCUUAGAUUCGUCUGUUAAGAACAUGGAUUCGCUACAGCUUUUGCGGACUAACGCCAAGCUUCUUCACGCUCCCCCGAGCAUAUCCAGCAGUGGCUCCUCCGCCCCCUCCCCCACCUCCUCCUCCUCCGGGGGCCCUGUGACGUCAGGGGCGGACCCCUUGGUCAGAAUCCUUCCCCGGCGCCUGCCCCCCAUGUCCACUUCUCUUCACUCGAGCAACGACAGCGGCUUUUGCAAUGACACUGCCCCGCCAGCCCCAGUGGCUCUCCUACUGUCGCCAACCUCGCCAGGAUUUUCGCCAAGGGAACGCAGCGGAUCCAUGCGGCAAGAUGAACAGAAACCAAAGGAAAAUAUGUUUUCGUCCGUCAAGCUGCGGAAAGUGAUAACGAACGAUCGCUCCGCCCCCAUGAUUAGUUAACAUAGGAUCUGAAUAACUUUUACUUGAGGAAAUGUCUGUGUUUGACUGUUAAACGUUAAGUGACUGUAAGAAAAUUUGAUAUGAAUUAUUGAUGUACAUUUUUAUAAUAAUAAAGGUAUUACCGAA